CCCCUCCGCCCCGUCGCCGGGAAGAAGGGGGCGGGGCCACGCCAGCGUCCGCGCCAUCAGAGCCAGGUUGGCCGUGAGGUCUUUUCUCGGUGCAUGGUCUCGCCCGCCCAGCGGUCUCGCUUGGCGCCGGCCAUGGAGGGCGUGCGCUGGGCCUUUUCGUGCGGCACCUGGCUGCCGAGCCGCGCAGAGUGGCUGCUGGCAGUGCGGUCGAUCCAGCCCGAGGAGAAGGAGCGCAUUGGCCAGUUCGUCUUUGCCCGGGACGCUAAGGCAGCCAUGGCUGGUCGUCUGAUGAUAAGGAAAUUGGUUGCAGAGAAAUUGAAUAUCCCUUGGAAUAAUAUUCGUUUGCAAAGAACUGCAAAGGGAAAACCAGUUCUUGCCAAAGACUCCUUGAAUCCCUACCCCAACUUCAACUUUAACGUCUCUCAUCAAGGGGAUUAUGCGGUGCUUGCCGCUGAGCCUGAGCUACAAGUCGGAAUUGAUGUGAUGAAGACCAGUUUUCCAGGUCGUGGUUCAAUUCCAGAAUUCUUUCAUAUUAUGAAAAGAAAGUUUACCAACAAAGAAUGGGAAACAAUCAGAAGCUUUAAGGAUGAAUGGACUCAACUGGACAUGUUUUACAGGAAUUGGGCACUGAAAGAAAGCUUCAUAAAAGCCAUUGGUGUUGGACUAGGCUUUGAAUUGCAACGGCUUGAAUUUGAUAUAUCCCCGUUAAAUCUGGAUAUCGGCCAAGUAUAUAAGGAAACACGUUUGUUCCUGGAUGGAGAAGAAGAAAAAGAAUGGGCAUUUGAAGAAAGCAAAAUAGACGAGCACCAUUUUGUUGCCGUGGCUCUUAGGAAACCGGAUGGAUCUAGACAUCAGGGUGUUCCAUCUCAAGAUGAUUCUAAACCAACUCAGAGGCAGUUCACUAUUCUCACCUUUAAUGAUUUAAUAUCAUCUGCUGUUCCUAUGACCCCUGAGGAUCCUUCAUUUUGGGACUGUUUUUGCUUCACAGAAGAAAUUCCAAUACGAAAUGGUACAAAGUCAUGAUAGGAUUCCCUGAGUAACAAAGGAAAAUGAAAUCUGUUUGUAAUCUUCUGUAUUCACUAAAAAAAUAAAUGCCUGAUAGUAUCAAAUUUUAUUUCAAAAACCAGUUUUUAAAAAAAAACCCAACUUUUCCUAUUAGAAACAGCAGGCUGUCAGUUGAGGAUAGCUCACUAGAAUAUGUGUUUCCUUCUUCUUUUCCACCCAGUUGCAUUGGAUUGACACACGGAGUAGGAAAGGUAGCAGAAUCCUUAAGUGAUAAGUGCUGUUGUAGAAAAGAAUAGAAAAGACAGAUAAGCAAAGAGGAAACAUUUAAAUUCUUAACUUUCAGCGAUGGUGAUUCCUAAAACCUGAAGUAUCUUUCUAGACCUCCUUCUAGACAAGUGAAUCCAUAUUAGUACGUGCUUUUUUUUUUUUUAAAAUGGAAACAUAGUGUUGUGUAAUCUUUUUAUUGUCUUAACUGCACAUGUGGUCAUCGUCGUGCGUUUGUGGCAUAACUGACAGGCGCUGGAGGCUUGUACUGUCAGUACCAGUUAGGUAUUGGUUAUACAUGUAACUGGUUAAUACCGGUUAGGAUGCUUUUGACCAGAGGUAACGAUGUCCAAUUGUAAUGAACCUCAGUAGGCAGGUGCAUUUCUCAUCUGACCUGACACACACUGCACAGGUGCCCUUGAGGACACAUGGUUUGCCUGAGCCUCAGUUUACUGGUUUUGCCUUCGGCUUCUCUCCCUCGUUGUAAGAGCUGCUCUUGUAGCUCCAGCUUCGUGUUCCUACAGUUGUUUCUAACAGGCAGCAAAGGCCAUUUCUUCUCACAUCUUCCUGCCGGUGAGAGGACUCCCCGAAUCCCCACAUUUCCCCUCAGGUCCUUUUGAUUCGGAUCCCUGAGAAAGCUGUUCUCCGACAGUAUCCGCCUCUGUGGGAAGUGGACUCUGGGUCGGGAAGAGGCUGAGGGGCGGUCGGGGGCACGGCCUCGGGGAGCAUCCAUCCCACGGCCCGUGGCCUGAGUGAGGUGUGCGCCCCGGUGCAGGGGCUCCUCUCCCCGGUUGGGCAUUGUGAUUGUCUGCAGUUCUUACUGUCCGCAGUGGCUCAGUGACUGUCCUUGUAACCCCACUGUGAGGUACAUGCUUCUCUACGUCCACUAGAAACUUCUAGAAGUGGUUCACAAGGCUGGAGUGUUUUUAUAGCUUUGAUAAGUAUUGCCAGAUUGCUCCCGAAAGACCCUGUAGUUUCCACUUCCAGUUAGUGUUACGUGUGUGACCAGCCCUUCACCCCCACCUCCCUUCUCCCCACUCAGCUGUAGAUAUUAGCCCUUUUUUUAAUUUAAUCUUUGCCAAUAUAAGUGAAAAAUGGUAUCUUAUUUUUUUAAUUUGUAUUUCUUUAAUGACAAAUGAGAUUGAUACAUCGGUGUUGUUAUUGGCUGUUUUUAUUCCUUUCUUAUGAAUCGCUUGUUCAUUGUCUCUGCCUGUUUUAAUUUAGCAAAUAGGACUUAAAGUGGGAACAUAAUAUACAAGGUGCCAAGACCAUCCUAUCGAUGACAGAAUCUCUUUUAUGGCUAUAGUGCAUGUCUUGGGGAGUUAAAGUCUUGUUACUGUUAAAUAUCAAGAAGUGAAAUAAUUUCCUUGUUUUUGUUACUAAAAAAUUGUGUGUAAAUUGUAUAAAAUUAGAUACUUUGCUUAGAAAAAAAAAAUUGGAAUGUUUUGUAAUUUUUUUAUUUUAUUAAGCAUGCCCAAAUAUCCCAAGCAUAGUAAGUAAUGUUUUUAAAAGAGCAAGUAGCAUCUGAAGUAGGAAACAUUGUUAUCCCCAGCAUGAAUGUAAUUGUGAAGUGAAAACCUGUCAUCUGUCUUGUCAUGAUAAUAAAGCAGUUAACUUUCGUGAA